AGAGGAGGGCACGCUUUCCCUUAGGUCCUGGUGACAGAGCAGCAACAGGGCAGGUAUUGGCUAUCCCAGCCGGCUGCUGAUCCUGAGCCUCCUGGGUGAUCUUAAGGGUCUCUGGGAGCAGCAUGGGGCCCAACCUGGCAGUCCCGACCCCCUAUGGCUGUAUUGGUUGUAAGCUGCCACAGCCGGACUACCCACCGGCCCUAGUUACCUUCAUGUUCUCCGCGAUGGUCUUCACCGUCAUUGUUGACCUGAUCGGCAACUCCAUGGUCAUUUUGGCUGUGACGAGGAACAAGAAGCUCCGGAAUUCUGCCAACAUCUUCGUGGUCAGCCUCUCCGCAGCCGACGUGCUCAUGGCUAUCUACCCCUACCCCAUGAUGCUGCAUGCCAUGUCCACUGGGGGAUGGGAUCUCAGCCAGCUGCAGUGCCAGAUGGUCGGGUUCAUCACAGGGCUGAGCGUAGUUGGUUCCGUCUUCAACAUCCUGGCCAUUGCCAUCAACCGCUACUGCUACAUCUGCCACAGCCUCAAAUAUGAACGGAUCUUCAGUGUGCGCAACACCUGCAUCUACUUGGUUGUCACCUGGGUCAUGGCUAUUCUGGCUGUCCUGCCCAACAUGUACAUUGGCACCAUUGAGUACGACCCCCACAGCUACACCUGCAUCUUCAACUAUCUCAACAACUCUGUCUUCACUGUGACCAUCGUUGGCAUUCACUUCUUCCUUCCUCUCCUCAUCGUCGGUUUCUGCUACAUGAGGGUCUGGAGAAAAGUGUUGGCAACCCGUGACCCGGCUGGGCAGAACCGUGACAACCAACUCGCUGAGGUUCGAAAUUUUCUAACCAUGUUUGUGAUCUUCCUCCUUUUCGCAGUGUGCUGGGGCCCUAUCAACAUGCUCACUGUGUUGGUGGCUGUUGGUCCGAAGGAGAUGGCGAGCAAGAUCCCCAACUGGCUCUAUCUUGCAGUAUACUUCAUAGCCUACUUCAACAGCUGUCUCAAUGCUGUUGUCUAUGGGCUUCUCAAUGAGAACUUCCGACGAGAGUACUGGACCAUCUUCCAUGCCAUCCGGCACCCUAUCCUGUUCAUCUCUGACGUCAUCACUGCUAUUCGUGAGACUCAGGAGGCCCGUGCCCUGGCCCAUGACCGUACCCGCGCCCGCGACCUGGCCCGUGAACAAGACUGUGCCCGUGGCAGUCCUGCCUUGGAGGGAAUCCCAAUGACCAACCGGAAUGUCCCACUGCCUGGUGAUGCUGCAGCUGGCCACCCCGGUCCUGCCUCUGGCCACCCCAGACCCCACUCCCGGGCCUCCUCUGUCUACCGGAAGUCUGGCUCUAGCCACCACAGGUCUGUCUCUGUCCACCCCAAGUCUGCCUCUGUUCAUCCUAAGCCCACCUCUGUCCACUCUAAGCCUGUCUCUGUCCACUUUAAGGGUGACACUGUGCAUUUCAAGCAGCCUGCUCCCAAGUCUGCCACUAGUCAUGUCACUGUUCGCAGCUACUCUAGGGCUGCCUUCAGCCCAGCCACCAGCUACCCUAAAUCCACCAUUGGCCACAUCAAGCUUGUUACUGGCCCCCCUGAGCUUCCUGCCCCCCGCUGCCCCAAGAGGGCCACUACUGGACACCUUGAGUCCAACAUUGCCGUCAUCAAACUCCCUGAGUCUGUCUCCAGCCCUACCAGGGUGUCCACUGAGCCUGAGCUUGCUGUCAGCAAGCCAGAGCCUGCCACCACCACUGACCUCUCUGACCCUACUGUAGUCACCACUGCCACCAAAGAUUGCACCAACAUGGUGGUUGUGGAUGUUGAAGAUAAAUCUGAUGAGAUGGCCAUGUGAAAAGUGCUCUUGUGAGUGGCCAGGCGGUGGUCCACUUUCUAGCUGCUUCUGCAAAUGUAAUCCAAAGUGAGACACACACAGACACACGCGGGUGCUGACAUCCAUCUUUCAGGCAUACUCCUCCUUGACAUUGUGUACUUGCAAAAUGUGUAUGUGGCUCUUGCUAUCUUCCAGGUCAAAUUCCCCUCAAAUUUGACAUCUGUUGUUCCCAGCCUCCCUUUCCUCCUACAGUUAACCUCCAGCCCCCAGUGACCCCGGAAGCAGAACUGUUAGUUUCUGAUUUCCCCACUCCUGCCCUCAACCCCUCACCCAUUUCCUCUGCUGCUCCUGCUUUCUUCUCCCACUCCCAGCGCUGUGGUAAAGGUGUGCCUUGGUGACCACUUCUGGCAAGUGACUGUGACUGCAUAGCUUUAUGUUUUCAACUGUGUUAACUCUUUGUUCUACUUUUUCAUGGCAGUCAGAAAAGCAGUUACGAGAAGGUGUUUUCCAAAAGACAGUGACAAAAUACGACCCAUAUCUGAAGAAUACAAUUUGAUAAGAUCUUAUUAAAAUAAAUUUAUGCCUGUGAUAUCAAGUGGCAAAAGGAAAAAUACAGUCACACCAAAUUAUUUGCAUUUUAUGAAAAUUCAAAUAUUGGUGCUGAUUUUUGUAGUCAAACAGGGUUGCAAAUGGUGAGAUGCUUUUACCCUAUUUUUAGUCAUUUAACUUUUGUAGUGUUUGCCAGGAUUUUCUUACAUUUAGUUCCACACACAGAGAUUCACUCAUAACUAAUUUCUCUUAAAAUCCAAAUGUUUGCUGGGCUCCAUUAGUCAUUUUUAUAAUUCAUAACUACCUUUAACCUUGGAGUUUUUUUUUAAACAUGUUGAAGUUUUUACAUAGUGUUUACAUCUUUCUUUUGUAUUCGCAAGGGAAUUUUUGGUAAUAAGUGGUAGCCAGAACUGAAUGAAAUAUGCUGUAUUCUGCCAAAAGCCUUGUCCCUCUGCUGAGGAAGAGAAGCCAAUGCCCCUCAGUCCCAGCACAUUUGACUGAGGUGCAGUGACACACAAUGUGAUGCUGUAGCAUUCUUGCAUCAGCACACUUGACAGCCCAGGGAAUGAUUCUCUAGAAUUUAAGGGAAAAAAUACUGCUGUUUAACCAACAUUUCAAGUGUUGAUUCAAAUUGACACUUUAAGUGAAGUUUACUGUACAAAAGCUUGUAAGGCUAAGCAGGAAUGUAUUAUACUGCCUUAAUUCUAUUUUCUUUUUGUGGUAGCAAUUAAAUAAAAGUGGU